AUGACUACAAUAGAGCCUGGAAAUCACAAGGCUGCUAUGCAGAGGGCUUUGGGAUUGGCCAACAACUCCCCCCCAAAGCCAACCAACUUUCGCGUGGGUGCCUUGGUUGUGCGCCUGAGCGACGACACCAUCAUUGCCGAAGGAUACACUUUGGAACUCCCUGGAAAUACGCAUGCCGAAGAGACAUGUCUGAUGAAACUUGCUGAACAGUAUGGUACAACAGAAGAGAAGCUCUCUGAAGUGUUCAAUACCCCUCAUGCUCUCUACACCACCGUUGAACCAUGCUUUAAGCGGCUGAGCGGCAAGCUGCCCUGCGUCGAGAGGGUGUUGCGUCAAAAGUCAUGGAUCACCCAAGUCUAUGUUGGUGUUCAGGAACCCGAAACGUUCGUGGGAGAGAACACGGGCCGGAAGACACUUGAGGAUGCUGGUAUCGAGAUUCAUCAUGUGUCGGGCUUGGAGGAAGAGAUUCUGAAAGUAGCGACUGCAGGACACGUCAAGGAAUAA